GACGGUUGUUCCAAGGAAACCUUCCAGACUUUCAUUCCCCCCUUUUCCUUCACACUUCCUCGCCUUCAACCCAACAGACUCAUCAUCCACACUCAACACAUCCUCUUUUUUUUUUCUUGAUGCGGAGGACAGACUCUCGCCAACGACGACCACCACCCUCGCCUUCAGAACAACGCCCCCACUACUAUGAACACAAGCACCAAUAUGACAGACCCAUCAUCCCAGGAUCUAAUAUCAGCUCCAGGAAGAGACGGCGGAGGAAGACGACUGAACACCGCUAUCAAUUCGCCCUCUCCAACGACCUCAAUGGCCCCAAUAUCCGCCCCAAUGACUCAGCGUGACCCCUUCGAGGAUGACCAGGCCCCAUUCCUACGUCCUCGCAGCUUCGAGAACGAGCAUGAGUCCUUUAUUGAUGCCACCGCCGACAGCUAUCACGCUCCUAAGAAUCCUUUUGCGGACAACAUUGGCGACGGAGAAGAUGGGGGCAGGACAAGGACUCAGUUGCAGAAGAACGGCCGCCGUGACCCUGGAUACGACUCUUUUGACUCUCAUGAUGAUACCGCUGACGACGACGAAAGCGAAACCGACGACGAUGAUGAUGGCGAAUUGAGCGCUAGCGACUACAGCAGCGAUGGCGGCCUUGCCCACAGAACUGCAUACCAUGAGACCGCAGACGACGCAAUGGAGGACGAUGAGCAGGACACUCAGCGCCUGCUAUUGACCUCGACCAACACUAGACUCGGAGGCAUGGGCAUGGGCAUGCGUGUGGGCGAGACUGGAACCGGUACCAUGAUCGGGUUAGACCUGGAGCCUCACGGAACCCGAUCAUUUAAUCGUCGCCAACAGAGCCAGGAUCAGGAUGACGAUUAUGAUACCCUGCCGUUGUCGAUAGUCAAUACCAGGCGAGCACACGAUGCGAUCGAGGCAUCAAAAGAAGGGAUUGUUGGGCGCUCAGGACGCAAAGGAGAGGGCGGUAGGAAGAAGAAGACAAAGAAGCGUAGAGGCGGACAGUUGGAGGGAGAACGUCGGCUGGGACUUGGCGCGAUUCGGUCAGAGCAGAUCGCAGCGCUGGCAAAGAAGCAGCUCCGAGUGAACAUGUUUUGGAACGCUUUUUAUGUUUUCGCAUGGUACUCCUGCUCCACAGCAUUGUCCUUUUACAACAAAUGGCUGUUUUCGCCAAACCACCAUAACUUUACGUACCCGCUCUUCACGACCAGUCUUCACAUGGUCGCCCAAUUCGGACUCUCAUCCCUCACUCUCGCGCUCUUGCCUGCUUUACGACCAAAGGCUGCACCUUCAGCCAAGGAUUUUGGGACAAAGAUCAUGCCGUGCGCUGUCGCUUCUGGAUUGGACAUCGGGUUAAGCAACAGCAGUCUAAAGACCAUCACCCUUGCGUUCUACACGAUGUGCAAGUCUUCGUCGCUGGCGUUCGUGCUGCUGUUCGCGUUUGCAUUCAAAUUGGAGCGGCCAACCUGGACCUUGGCAGGUGUCAUCACUGUUAUCUGCGUGGGCCUGUUCAUGAUGGUCAUGUCCGAGGUCGACUUUGUGCUCAUCGGAUUCAUCCAAGUAAUGUUGGCCUCCGUUUUGGGCGGAUUGCGCUGGUCCCUGACCCAACUCCUGCUCGAGAAAACCGACACCAAAUCUGGAAGCCUCGCCAACCCGAUCUCGACCAUCUUCUUCCUCUCCCCAAUCAUGGGCAUCUGCCUCUCCAUCGUCGCCGGUAUCUUUGAAGGCUACUCCACCAUCUUUGGGUCCGUCUUCUUCUCGACCUUCUCCAGCGCACUCUCAACCCUCGGACUCUUGUUCCUCGGCGGUCUCUUUGCCUUUAUGAUGGUCCUCGCCGAGUUCAACCUCAUCGCCCGUACGAGCGUCGUUACCUUAUCGGUACUCGGGAUCAUCAAGGAAGUUGUCACGAUCGUCAUUUCCUCCUUGGUCUUCCAUGACCAGCUGACGAUCGUGAAUAUCCUAGGAUUGUUUGUCACGCUCACAGGAAUCGGCUUCUAUCAUUUCAUGAAGCUGAGGGAGAUGCAGGCCAAGACCAGACGGGAGACCAAGGAACUCGCGGAUGUGGAGCUUGCGAGGGCUGCGAGAAAGAAGGAACGUGCAAAGGCAAAAAAGUCGGCGGCGCGUGAGCAGCAGAAGCCUGAAGCAGGAAAGGAAGAGGCGGUGGCGGUGAUGGAGGCGGCAGAACAGCCGUGGAACCAUGAAGUGGUAGCUGCGAGUCGCAAGGAUGCAUCUCUUCAUGAGGCCUUUAUCCUGGAUGACGACGGUGAUCUUGCGCAUGGCGGUCGAUAGAUAGAAAAAAAAAAGAAUACCCUCCUUAUUACACAAAUGCAUAUCGAUCCU